UGGCAAUGGUGACCAGUGCGCCCUCAUCUACAGCUGCGGCCAUGUUGACGAUUAACAAUGAGUGCUGCUGCUGAGUAAUCCGCGAGUCGUAACCAUGAAUUUGUGACGAAAAUCGGAGAUCCCUCGAGAAAUCCGGAGGCUGUGAUAGUCUGAGAUGGACCUGUGAUCCCUAUUUCAGGGUCAAUCGGACACCAGUGAAGUUUGAUUAUUCAAGAUCCCCAGUCAUCGAUAUAGUGGAAUCAAAGCCUGCAAGAUGGCUGAGGUGGAUCCGGAAACCCUGCUGGAAUGGCUUAACACUGGCCAAGGAGAAGAACGGGACAUGCAGCUGAUCGCCCUCGAGCAACUGUGCAUGCUGCUGCUGAUGUCUGACAAUGUCGACCGCUGUUUCGAGUCUUGUCCUCCAAGAACCUUCCUCCCAGCUCUGUGCCGCAUUUUCCUGGACGAGUGCGCUCCUGAUAACGUGCUCGAAGUCACCGCCAGAGCUGUCACCUACUACCUGGACGUGUCUGCCGAAUGCACCAGGCGCAUUGUGGCCAUGGACGGAGCAGUCAAGGCCAUCUGCAACCGCUUGGUGGUGGCCGAAGUGGCUUCCAGGACUGCCAAAGACCUUGCAGAACAGUGCAUCAAGGUACUGGAAUUGAUCUGCACCCGUGAGGCCGGCGCCGUUUUUGAAGCGGGUGGCCUCAACUGUGUUUUGGGUUUCAUCCGCGACCAUGGAUGGCGCGUGCACAAGGACACGCUGCAUUCUGCUAUGGCCGUGGUGUCCCGGCUGUGCACCAAGAUGGAGCCGCACGAGGCCUCGCUGCCCGCCUGCGUGGCUGCCCUGUCUGACCUACUCAAACACGAAGACACGCACGUGGCCGACGGCGCCUUGCGUUGCUUCGCCUCGCUGGCGGACAGGUUCACUCGCAGAGGGGUGGACCCGCAGCCCCUGGCCCAGCACGGUCUCGUCAACGAGCUGCUGCAGCGCUUGUCCUCGGCCGCGGGCGCAGCCCCCGCGUGUCCCAGCACCCCCGGCGUGGCCGGAGCCUCCUCUGCCACCCCCGAGACAUCUAAGUCAUCAGCGUCUGUGUCGACUAUCAUUAGUCUGCUGUCCACCCUGUGCAGGGGCAGCCCUGGAAUCACACAUGAUCUGCUAAGGUCUGAACUGCCCGACGCCAUCGAGAAGGCUCUGAAGGGAGAUGAAAGGUGCACGCUGGACACAAUGCGCCUAGUAGACCUGCUUCUGGUCCUGCUUUUUGAAGGCCGAAAAGCUCUAGCUCAAAAAGGCUCCAGUGUAAUUUCUGGAAGCCAGCUGCCGCGUCUUCGUCGUAUGGAAGGUGUAGGUGAGAAAACACACCGUCAGCUGAUUGAUUGCAUCCGUAGCAAAGAUACUGAUGCGUUGGUCGAGGCCAUUGACUCAGGAGGCAUUGAGGUCAACUUCAUGGAUGAUGUCGGCCAGACCCUUUUGAAUUGGGCCUCGGCCUUUGGAACACAGGAAAUGGUAGAGUUUUUGUGCGAGCGGGGCGCUGAUGUGAACAAAGGCCAAAGAUCGUCAUCACUUCAUUAUGCAGCUUGUUUCGGCCGGCCCGCAAUUGCCAAAGUGCUUCUCAGGCACGGUGCUAAUCCCGAUUUGAGAGACGAGGAUGGGAAAACGCCGCUAGACAAGGCAAGAGAGCGCAACGACGAGGGCCACAGGGAAGUCGCAGCUAUUUUGCAGUCUCCGGGCGAAUGGGUUCUGGAAAAAGAAAAGAAGCCUGAAUGCGAGGCUGAAGAGUCUUCAGAACCCAGAGGCGAUCCUGACAUGGCCCCUGUUUACCUUAGACGGCUGCUGCCUGUCUUUUGCGCCACUUUUCAAAGUACCAUGCUGCCUUCAGUGCGCAAGGCCAGCCUCAGUCUCAUCAAAAAGAUGGCCCAUUACAUCCAGCCGGCUCUGCUCGCUGAGCUCUGCACUGGCGAAAACAACUGCGGCUCCACGGUGGUCGAAGUAAUCGCUACUGUUUUGGACAACGAGGAGGACGAGGAUGGCCAUCUUGUCGUGUUGAACGUAAUUCAAGACCUGAUGACCAAAGCUCCUGAGGCCUUCCUCGACCACUUUGCCAAACUGGGAGUGUUCACUAAAGUUAUGCAGCUUGCGGGCCCCCAGGAACAGCAACAGGAAGCUUCAGGCGGAGCAGACGAAUCUGAAGAAACCGCCGCCGAGGAAGCCAAAGAGAUCCUCAUGGGUAAAGCGUACCACUGGCGGGAUUGGAGUUUGUGCCGCGGCCGUGACUGUCUUUACAUGUGGAGCGACGCCGCUGCCCUGGAAUUGAGCAAUGGCAGCAACGGGUGGUUCCGCUUCAUUCUGGACGGAAAACUGGCCACAAUGUACUCCAGUGGGAGUCCAGAAGGCGGCACAGACACCACUGGGAAAGGAAGAAACACUGAGACAUUAACUACAGAAGAAAGCAGAGGCGAGUUCUCUGAAAAACUCCAAAGAGCCAGAUCACAGGUGAAGCCAAAUACUCCAAGCCAGCCGAUCUUGAGCAAAGUUGGCUCAGCUAGACUGGUCGUCGGAAACUGGGCACUCUCGUGCAGGAAAGAUGGAGAGCUACACAUCCACAAUUCAGAUGGACAACAGCAGCAAGCAACUAUUUUGAGGGAGGACCUGCCGGGUUUUAUUUUUGAAUCAAACAGAGGCACAAAGCACUCAUUCAUAGCCGAAACAUCUCUCGGGCCGGAAUUCUCUGCUGGAUGGACUGGUAAACGAGGAAAGAGACUGAGAUCUAAACUUGAAGCCAUGAAACAAAAGGUUAAGAUUACGGCUCAAGAAAUCUACGACAAGUACUUCAGAGCCGCCCAGGCGCAACCAAGGGGUGUUGUGGCCAAACUAGGAAGUAUUGUCGGCCAGAUUGAACGUGCCUGCCAAAAACAAUGCAUGCCUGCCCGCGAGCACGGAACUGGAUGGAGAGAGUUGCUGACUGGAGCGCUCAAAGAACUGGCCACCCUUCUGCGGGAGGAAGGCGUGGUCUCUGCCUACGAAUUGCACAGCUCAGGACUGGUGCAAGCACUUCUUGGACUGCUCGCCACCAGCCGUUGGGACGACGAGUCAAACGGUCGCCGUGCCAAACUCCACAAGCAGCGUGUUCACCUCUUCAAUAAGUGUUUUGGAGAGGCAACUGCUGCCAGCGGGCCGAGCUCUGCGUUGGUCCUCGUCAGGAAACUAGUUGCUGUAUUAGAGUCCAUAGAAAAAUUCCCUGUGUACUUGUACGACACACCUGGAGCUGGAUACGGCCUGCAGGUGUUGACCAGGAGACUGCGUUUCCGUCUUGAAAAGGGUGUUGGGGAAAGCUCUCUUAUCGACAGAACCGGAAGAAGUCUGAAAAUGGAGCCGCUGAGCACUGUAUCUCAAUUGGAAAGACACCUUUUGAAGAUGGUGGCGAAACAGUGGUAUGACUUUGAAAGGUCCACCUUUGCUUUCGUGCACAAGCUAAAGGAAGGAUCUAAAAUUGCUUUCAAACACCAACAUGACUUUGAUGAGAACGGUCUUCUCUACUGGAUUGGCACAAAUGCCAAAACGUCCCCAGAGUGGGUGAAUCCUGGACAGUACGGUCUUGUGGUUGUCACUUCCUCCGAAGGCCGCAACCUUCCGUAUGGGCGUCUAGAGGAUAUCCUUAGUCGAGAUUCGUCUGCACUGAAUUGCCACACCAAUGAUGACAAGCGGGCUUGGUUUGCCAUCGAUCUUGGAGUGUGGCUUAUUCCAACUUCCUACACACUUCGCCAUGCUCGAGGCUACGGCCGAUCAGCAUUGCGUAACUGGCAGCUACAGGUCUCAAAAGAUGGCAUUAUUUGGGCCACACUCUACAGCCACGUGGAUGACUGCUCGCUGAAUGAGCCUGGAAGCACCGCUUCGUGGCCUCUUGUGCCUCCUGGAGAGGAAGGACAGGGCUGGCGACACAUCAGAAUCCAACAGACUGGCAAGAACGCGUCUGGCCAGACUCAUUAUCUCAGCCUCUCAGGAUUUGAAAUCUAUGGCACAGUGACCGGUGUUUGCGAAGAUCUUGGCAAAGCUGCCAAAGAAGCUGAAGCAAACUUGAGACGGCAACGGCGCCUACUUCGCACGCAAGUGCUGAAACACCUCUCUGUUGGUGCAAGAGUUGUCCGCGGCCUCGACUGGAAGUGGCGUGACCAGGACGGUAGCCCUCCUGGUGAAGGAACGGUCACUGGAGAACUCCACAAUGGCUGGAUCGACGUCACUUGGGACCACGGCGGCUCUAACUCGUACAGAAUGGGCGCUGAGGGAAAGUAUGAUCUGAGGCUGGCUUCAGAUCCUGAAGCGCUGGCAUCAAAGAAAAAAUCUGACAACAACAAGAGCAGUGUGCUCACCAGCAGGAAAUCCAGUUCCACGCCUAGCUUGCCUGAAGCAACAACAGACUCAAAAGGUUCAGUGGCAAGCACUGAUCAAGCUGCGUCUGCAGAUAAUUUGGCUGCAAAGCAGGCAGCUGAAGCAAUCGCCGAGAGCGUCUUGUCGGUUGCACGCGCUGAGGCGAUCGUGGCCGUGACUGGGGAAAACCAGGCAGCUGCCACCGCUCCUCCUUCAGGAAACGAGUUGUCUGUUGUUGUGCACGCACUUCGCGACGCUGAGCUUGUCAUGGGCGGCGACCUUGCCACCAUCGUUGAGAGUCUGGCCCUGGGCGAGACCCAGCAUGGCAAGGGCUCUCGCGGUGUCAAGAUCGCGAGCGAUGAAGGGGCAGCCUCUUCUGCGGCCAACAAUCAGAACAACAGCGGUAAGAAGGAUAAGAGUGUGAGUGUGCCCAACCUGUCGGACUUCAUCACGCGACGCCGCCCAGCAGCAGCGGCGCCGCCCUCGCCCUCCCCUGCACCGUGCAGAGGAGGCGGCGUUUCGAGCCUUGUCCGACUCGCCCUCUCAUCCAACUUCCCAGGCGGCCUCUUAAGCACUGCCCAGAGCUAUCCCAGCCUCAGCUCUAGUGGAGCCACCACUGCGACCGGAUCCGUAUCCACCUCGUCCGGAACUGGAGCUUGUCUCAAUCAAGCUUUGACCAUGAGCUUGACCUCUACUUCGAGUGAAAGUGAACAAGUGAGUCUUGAGGAUUUCUUGGAAAGCUGCCGCGCUCCAACACUCCUAGCAGAGUUGGAAGACGACGAUGAGCUGCCAGAGCCUGAUGAAGACGAAAACGAUGAUGAUGAGAAUGAGGACGAUGAUGACUACGAGGAGGUCAUGGUUAGCAGAACUUUGCUUGCCCUCAUGAAUCAACGUGUGUUUCAGGAGGAGGAAGGGUAUGAGGCGGCUGUGCGUGGUUCUGCUCUUGGAGGAAAACGCCGCAGCUGGGAUGACGAGUUUGUUCUGAAAAGGCAGUUCUCGGCCCUCAUACCCGCCUUUGAUCCGCGACCAGGUCGAACCAACGUCAAUCAGACCACCGACUUGGAAGUGCCCCCUCCCGGCUCCGAAGACUCUGGCAGCUCCAGGGAGACCACGCUGCUUCCCCAACCAAAGUUGAAAUUAGUCCUGAAGGGACCCAAUCUGCCGGGAGUUCCUGACCAAGAGAUUUCGCUGGAAGAUCCCGAGUGGACCAUUUUCCGCGCAGUGCAGCAUCUCGUUGAGUCUGCUGAUCUGGGAACUCGUCAGGAGAAAAUGCGCCGAAUUUGGGAACCAGUUUACACAAUCAUUUAUAAAGAAGAUUGUCAGGGAUUGCUUGAUUAUCCGAGACAAAAGUCCACCCCGAUCAGCAGUCCACCAGCAGCUUGCUCUGUGGAAGAUGUGUUGCAGCUGCUGCGCCACCUGUAUGUGAUAAGUCUGAGCAAGGACGAAAACGCUUCCUUCCUGCCUGACGACUCAAGUGAGAGAGACCUGGGCGUGCCUCCUGAGGAGUUCACCAGCAAGAAGAUCACCAACAAACUGAUGCAGCAGAUCCAAGACCCGCUGGUACUGUCUUCAGGCGCACUGCCGGUCUGGUGCGAGGAGCUCAACCACUCGUGCCCGUUCCUGUUCCCGUUUGAGACGCGCCAGCUGUACUUCAACUGCACCGCGUUCGGCGCCUCGCGCUCGAUCGUGUGGCUGCAGACGCAGCGCGACGUGACCCUGGAACGGCAGCGUGCGCCCGGGCUAAGCCCACGCCGCGACGACCCGCACGAAUUCCGUGUUGGCCGGCUGAAGCACGAGAGAGUGCGUGUUCCGCGAGGCGAGCUGCCCUGGGCUGAGCAGGUGAUGCGGCUGCAUGCGGAGCGCAAGUCAAUCUUAGAAGUGGAAUUCACGGGCGAGGAAGGCACCGGUCUGGGCCCCACCCUUGAAUUCUACGCCCUGGUCGCGGCCGAGUUGCAGCGGCGUGACCUCGGCCUCUGGCUGUGCGACGAAGACGGACCCGAAGAGCCAAAGUCGCCUUCGGACCCUGGAUACUACGUCAGGAGAUCUUGUGGACUGUUCCCAGCGCCACUGCCACAAGACUCGCCCGCCUGUGAUCGAGCAGUUCGAUACUUCCACUUUUUGGGCGUGUUCCUCGCCAAAGUAUUGCAAGACAACCGGCUGGUGGACCUGCCCCUGUCGCAGCCCUUCCUCAAGCUCAUGUGUCACGGCGACAUCAGGACCACGGUCAAUGAGAGGAUAGGCAUCUUGCCCAGCAACACGAUCGAAGAGGAGGUCAUGAUGUCCUCCUACAUCAGCGAGGAGAGUGAGAAGGAACUGGAGCUUGACCCGCCGAAACUCUUCUCAGAGGAUUCGUUCCCUUGGUUUUCUGGCAUCCUGGGUCACGAAGAUCUCAAGGCUGUGGACCAGGUCCGAGGAUUCUUCCUGCAGCAACUGCAGGACUUAGCCGCGCGCAAGAACCGUAUCCUGCAGGACAACACGCUUAGCGCUGAGGCCCGCAACCACCAGGUGGCGAACCUAGCCCUGUCGAUGGGGCAGGGUGGCGCCGUGGCGCGGCUGGAGGACCUGGCGCUGACGAUGCAGUACCUUCCUUCGUCCCGUUGCUUCAACUUUGCUGCCGCCGACUUGCGGCACAAUGGCGGAGACGAGGACAUUCGGCUGGAGAACGUGGAAGAGUAUGUUGAUCUCACGCUGAAAUUCUGCCUGGAGACAGGCAUCCGGCGCCAAAUGGAGGCCUUCAGGGAAGGCUUCAACAGGGUUUUCAGUCUGGAAAAGCUGCGCGCUUUCAGUCCCGAGGAGGUGCGGCUCAUGAUGUGUGGCAACCAGAAUCCGCAGUGGACCAAGGAGGACUUGAUUAAUUACACCGAGCCAAAGCUGGGAUACACCAGAGACAGUCCUGGUUUCCUGCGUUUUGUGGACGUCUUGGUGGCAAUGAACGCUGAAGAGCGGAAAGCCUUCCUCCAGUUUACGACUGGCUGCUCAUCACUGCCGCCAGGUGGACUGGCUAAUCUGCACCCGCGGCUGACAGUGGUGCGGAAGGUGGAUGCCGGGGAGGGCAGCUAUCCGUCGGUCAAUACCUGCGUUCACUACCUGAAGCUACCUGAGUACCCGACAGAGGAUAUUUUGCGAGAACGGCUUCUGGCUGCCACCAGGGAGAAGGGAUUCCACCUGAACUAGACAUGAUGAAGCCUCAUUCCCUGUACAGAAACUGCAACAAAUAAAUGAAUAUACAUUGACUUAAAUUAGCGUGGUAUAAAUAAAAA